AUGGACGAACAGGAGAAUGUUACAGUGACUGCGGACGAAACUAUUAACGAUGAAAAAAAUGUGUCGGGAGACGAAGAGCCCGGUGAAUAUGAAGUGGAAGCCAUACUUGGGGUCAAGGCGUUUGUUAAGGAAGGAGUUUUGAAAUAUCAAAUCAGAUGGGUUGGGUACGGUGAGGAGUCUGACUCUUGGGAACCAGAAGAAAAUCUUACUGGAGCUGAAGAUAUAUUGAAUGACUUCAAACAAACGCAUGAGGAUGAGUUUCUCCGUGCACGUCGACUGCUUGAAAAGCGUGAAUCAAAGCCUACAAGAACGAAGCGACAGCGUAGAACUAGAGGUUCAGCGUCGACUCAUUCUGAUGAAGAGGAGAGUUCAAAGGUUGAAGGCGGGCCUCCCACAAAGCGAAUAAUUGUUGAAGUGCUUUCCAGCGAAAGUGACGACGAAGAUUUUGUUCGAGUGAAACGAAGACGUAAGGCUCCUCCGCGCGACGACUUUUCACCAUCAGAUAAAGAGAAGGAAAAGGAUUUGCCUUUGGAGUUCACACCCAGGAAGCAACGAAAUGAAUGGAUGUACAAGGAUAUUGAUGAGGAAAUAAACAGUGGAUAUAAUUCUGAAGGAUCGUCUCAAGGCUGUAAUGAGAAGAAAAGCAAAAACAAAGAGCCUGAGGAACUUCACCCAAGUACUUCCGAAACCUCUGGCGAGGGGCUAAAGGAUGAUAGCCGCAAGUCAGGUCAGGAGGCACUUUCGAUUGAAAAGAAAGUUGACACAGGUAUUACUGAGGAGGUUGAAGAGGACAGAGAAGAGGGAAAGAGAGAAACCCUUGCUGUUGAAAAGAAGAAAGGAGGAAGUUCGGGUGUUGAAAAAAAGAAGGCCGAGAAGCUUGGUGUAGGAAAAAAGAAAGUUUCAUCUGAUGGAAGAAAAAGGAAAGUAUCAGUUAUAGAAGUUAGGAGAGGGAGUGGUUUGGGUGACCUACAUGGGAGUGGUGAUCGUGUAAACCAUGAAAAUGGGUCUAGCAAAAGGACUUUAGUUUGUAGACAAGCUAAAGCUAAAGAUCGAUUCAUCGGGUGUGUUAAGCUACCAGAUGGAGCUGUGCAUUUAAUGCGUAGAGAGGGAAGUUCGCUGAGCUUGAUUCCUAUUCGAGAAGCCUAUGAUCGUUUCGGUUUUGAACUGGUUCAGUUCUUGAUAAGUCGUGCUGAAUUUUCGUGA